CAAAAUGAUUCAAAUGUCUUGAGUAUCGUUAACCCAAACCAAUUGGCUGCUAAUUAUAUGGAAGCUGAAAAAACCCCACUUCCUUUUUCAAAUACGAAAAAAAUUCAAUCAAAUCUGAAAAAACCCUCCUGGUAUAAUAAAGAUUGGUAUAAAAAGAAAAAUCAAGAUGUGGUUGAAUCAAAUAUACCAGCUGCAAAUUCAGCUUCUCCCGAAUCGUCAAUCCAUAAACAAGAAAUCUCUAAUGGUCCAAAUUAUUUACAAAGAAAAUUAAAAGUUCGCCAUCUUCAAAUGAUUUCUCUUGGUGGUACUCUAGGUGUUGGUCUCUACUUGAAUUCAGGUAAAGCCAUUACAAUAGCUGGGGGGUUUGGUACUACCCUUGCUUAUAUAAUCUGUGGAAUCAUUGUUCUUUGUACAAUUGUAUCCUUCUGUGAAAUGGUCACUUUUGUAUCGGUUGUCGAUGGUGUCAGUGGGUUAAGCUCUAGGUUUGUUGAUGAUUCUUUUGGGUUUUCUGUGGGGUGGUUGUAUUUCUUAAGUUUUGCUUUUGGGUUAGCUGGUGAAGUGGUUGCUUCAGUUAUUUUAUUAACUUAUUUCCCAGAUGCCAAAAUUUUAACGAAUAAAGGCUCAACCGUUGGAUUUGUUGCUCUUUUUCUUCUACUGAUUUUAUUUGCUAAUUUGGUUGAUGUUCGAGUCUUUGGUGAAAUUGAAUACUUUUCAAGCUUAAUUAAAUUAAUAUGUGCUCUUCUAAUGAUUAUUUUGAUGAUUGUAUUAAAUCGUGGUGGUUUGGGUAAUGGUACUCAAGUAUUGGGUUUUAGGUAUUGGGACUACCUGAAGCUGGAUUUUGAUCAUAAUCUCAUAUUUGGUCUAUUUAGACCUAGUUUUAAUUUGAAUGAUACCGGUACAAAUGAUCCAAAUAUAGGUAUAGGAGGGGAUAAAGGAAGAUUCCUUUCUUUAAUGGCAGCUAUGAUGGUUGUAGCAUUUGCAUAUAGUGGUACUGAAAUUGUCUGUAUUGCAGCUUGUGAAGCUAAAAAUCCUCGUAUUGCUUUACCAUCCGCUACUAAAAGAGUCUUUUGGAGAAUAUUAAUUUUUUAUAUUUUAUCAUCAUUUUUAGUUUCCCUUAAUAUCUAUGCCGGUGAUCCAAGACUACUACGUUUCUAUUCGGGGAGCACUGGGACUGCAGCUUCAAGUUUUGAAUCAAAUUAUGCUGUCAAUUAUGUUGGAGGAGAACAUUGUAGUACUAAUUCAACUAUAUUUGCCGGUUUUGGUAGCGGCCUGCAAAGUCCCUGGACUGUUGCUUUACAACUGUCGGGACUUUGUAAGCUUAGCUCAGUCGCCAAUGGAUUCUUAACUUUUUUUGCAGUUUCUUGUGGGAACUCUCAGCUUUAUGUUGCGUCGAGGACAAUGUAUUCUUUAGCACUUCAAAAAAAGGCUCCUCGUUGUUUGGCUUAUUGUAACCGGGCAGGAAUACCUUAUAAUUCUGUUUUAUUAUCGGCUGCAUUUGGUCUAUUAGCAUUUCUCUGUGUUUCUGAAAAGGCCACGGUUGUUUUCCAAAACUUAACCAGUCUUAUUGCAUCAUCAGGAAUCAUGGUUUGGUUUGCAAUGUGCUUAUCAUUUCUCAGGUUUUUUUAUGGUAUGAAACUCAGACCAGAUAUAAUCAGUAGAGAUGAUAAAUCAUAUCCCUAUAAGUCUCCUUUCCAACCUUACUGUGCUUAUAUUGGUUUAAUAGGAUCUACUAUUCUUUUAUUAGGAAUGGGGUUUGCGGUAUUCAUGAAAGAUGAAUGGGACACUCUAUAUUUUUUCUCAAGUUAUGGAACCCUUAUCAUUUUUGCAGUCUUGUAUAUCGGAUAUCGUUUGAUAAGAGGAAAUCGGACUCCAAGUUUAGAGACCUUGGAUUUCGACUCUGGUAGAAGAGAAAUGGACAGAUAUAUAUGGGACGGUGGUCGUGAGUAUAACGCCAGAAACUUAAGAGAGGUUGCCCAUAAAUUCAUUUCCGUAUUGGCUUGAAGCUUUUCAAAACUUUAAUACUUUAAUUUUCAAUUCUCCUAUUCAUUAUUAUUACAUUUUCUAAUCUAUCUACAAAAAAAAAUCAUAAAAAAUUGCAAAAAAGAUAGUCUUUACCUAAAUUUUCAGUUCUUCGUCGCCUUGUAUAAAUGUGUAUACUUAACAAUAAU